AUGGCGAUGGUGCGGUUGGCCUGGGCUGUGUGGGCCACUGCUGCGGCGGGGAGGCUGCGCAGUCCCCAAGGCACUGGGGGUGCGCGCAGGCUGAGCGGCAGCACGCGGCAGUGGGCAGCGAGGGGCACUAGCCCCGGGCGCCGGCUCAGCACUGCCUGGGCGCCCACCCAGCCAGCACUAGAGGAGGCCGUGGGUGCCGAGGACGAUGCCCAUUCACCUGCAGCUGAGGAGCCGUCGUGGACGCCGCCCCCCGCGCCAUCAGUGCCUCCUGAACCCCCGGGGUCCCCAGGCAGCCGCUCGCUGGUGCAGCGGGACAUUCAGGCCUUCCUGAACCAGUGCGGGGCCAGCCCCGGGGAGGCGCGCCACUGGCUCACGCAGUUCCAGACCUGCCACCACUCCUUGGACAAGCCCUUUGCCGUUAUCGAGGUGGAGGAGGAAGUGCUCAAGUGUCAGCAGGGCGUCUCCAGCCUGGCCUUCGCACUGGCCUUUCUGCAGCGCAUGGACAUGAAGCCCAUGGUGGUCCUAGGGCUGCCUGCUCCCACAGCACCCUCCGGCUGUCUUUCCUUCUGGGAGGCCAAGGCACAGCUUGCCCAGAGUUGCAAGGUGCUGGUGGACGCGCUGCGGCACAAUGCUGCUACAGCUGUGCCUUUUUUUGGUGGUGGGUCGGUGCUAGGCGCUGCUGAGCCAGCCCCCCAUGCCAGCUAUGGGGGCGUGGUCUCGGUGGAGAAGGAUCUGCUACAGUGGUGCCUGGAGUCUGGCAGCAUCCCUAUCCUGUGCCCCAUUGGGGAGACCACUGCUCGCCGCUCUGUGCUCCUUGACUCGCUGGAGGUGACCGCAGCGCUGGCCAAGGAGCUGCAGCCCAUUAAAAUCAUCUUCCUCAAUACCACAGGUGGCCUGCGGGACAGCAGUCACAAGGUCCUGAGUAAUGUGAACCUGCCCGCUGAUCUGGACCUGGUGACCAGUGCCGAGUGGGUGAGCACCAAGGAACGUCAGCAGAUUCGGCUUAUUGUGGAGGUGCUCAGCCGCCUGCCCCACCACUCCUCGGCCGCCAUUACCGCUGCCAGCACGCUGCUCACCGAGCUCUUCAGCAACAAGGGGUCCGGGACCCUGUUCAAGAAUGUCGAGCGGAUGCUGCGAGUGCGCAGUCUGGACGACCUCGACCAGCGCCGCCUGGUGAACCUGGUCAACACCAGCUUCGGCAAAAAACUCCGUGACGACUACUUGGCCUCGCUGCGCCCGCGGCUACACUCUGUCUACGUCUCUGAGGGGUACAACGCUGCCGCCAUUCUGACCACGGAGCCCGUACUGGGGGGCACCCCAUAUCUGGACAAGUUUGUGGUGAGCUCCAGCCGCCAGGGCCAAGGAUCUGGCCAGAUGCUGUGGGAGUGUCUGCGGCGGGACCUGCAGACGCUUUUCUGGCGCUCUCGAGUAACAAACCCCAUCAACCCCUGGUACUUCAAGCACAGUGAUGGCAGCUUUUCCAACAAGCAGUGGAUCUUCUUCUGGUUUGGCCUGGCUGAUAUCCGAGACUCCUAUGAACUGGUCAACCAUGCCAAGGGGCUGCCAGACUCCUUUAGCAAGCCAGCUUCUGACCAUGGACUGCAGGACUCCUUUAGCAAGCCAGGCAGCUGACCCUCACCACCGGCCCUGCAGGCCCUGGGACAACCAGGGUGGACCAAAAGCCAUGUCUGCUGGAGGUGACUCCAGGCAGCCACAGGCUGGACAAGUUACCCCCACCAAGGACUUCUUCAAAAACAGCUGACACCAAAU